UCUACUUGUUUGCAGUGCGUGAAUAUGGCGAGUGACGACGACAGAAAUCAUAGAAAACGAAAUUCCAGUCGCAAUGGAAGGCCAGAUUUGGUCGAAAAAUGCUUUGGUGUUUGGUCAAGAAGUGUAAAAGUUCAUAAAGCCGUAGAGAAAGAACUAGAUAGUAUCUGCAAUGGUAUCCAUGUUGUGAAGAUCAGAAAAGGUGCUAACCUUACCAAAGAGGAACUUAGUAGAACAAGGGGACUUCUGGUUGCAGUUCAUGCAACAGAUACACCUGUUGGGCAAAGCAGUCCCAAAGUUUAUGAUCAUACAUACAUCAGAGUUGAAAGAGAUGAAGCUGAAGAUAAACUUCAGGAGAAUGAUAACAGUCAUGCAAAUGAAGCAAAAACUACGGAGGAGCAUGGAGAAUCUCUAACAAAAAGAGUGAAAGAUGUUAUAAAGAAAACAACUCCCGAGAAAGUUGAGAAAGGGAAAGAUGUUGAGCAGAAAAGGAGAGAAAUUAAGCAGCAAAGACAUGAAAAGGAAAAUGAGCAAAGAGAAGAAAAAUUGGGUGUGAGACCUGAAGAAAUUUUGUGGACUGGAUUUCGCAGCAUUAUGGAUAGAUUUGCAAACUGCUAUGAAAUAAGUGGAAGGAUUCUGUCUUACUGUCACCCGAUUGAGAAAAUUGGCCAGAUUGUUGGCUUUGCAGAAAGGUGUAUAAAGAAUGCUGGAAGAAAAUUUGUGGAGGGCAAUGAUGAUAAGAAAAAGAAAUGAUGAAUUAUAAUUAUUUGAUAUGGUGAAGGACAGGUAUUUCAGGGACAUGUACAGUGAAAAUUAAGGAGAAGUCACCUCCUUAAGUUUUGUGCAUGGUACUCUCUAGGCUCAGAGGGGUAGCUGUGGAGGAAUUUUUCUGAGGGAGGGAUCAUAGGUAUGAAUUUCUGCACCCCUUACAUGUAUUUAGUAAAUAAACUCCUUCACGCAACUGAGAAAUAACCAAAAACUUAAUAAUUCAGAGGUGGAGCUUCAUUGGCAUUUUUAAAAUUUUGAGGACAAUCUCUCAGUCAAGGACGUUUUGGGACAACAAACCAGUAACUCAGAAAGGAGUCGUCAGAUUUCACACUAACCCUGGGCUAUCUUAAUCCAGUUUUGAACAACCAGCCCUGUACUCUACACAUCAAGGUCAUUUUUCUCAUUGAAAAGAAAUAAAGAUAAAAAAGUGAAACUCUUUAGCUUUUGGGUUGCCGUGCCUCAGGUAUUAAUUUGGGCUAUUAUUUAUUAAGUGCCAAGAAGAAAUGGCAAAUGAGUAUCUGCAUGUACACUGUAGCACAAUAAGAUUUUCCCAAUGAAGAUUCUUUGGAUUUGGGUGUGUUUGCAAACCUGAAUUUUAAGGUGAACAGAUUAUGUUAUUGAGAGCUGGGUGUUUGAACCUAAUUGGGAAUUAUGUUAAUUCUUUUGACAAGGCAUUUAUUAUUGACAGAACUUGACAGUAUAACAUAAGAUCGAUUAAUGUGAAAGUCAGAACACUUUUAGCACCAGAAAUAUUUAUGAAAUGUUAUGAUCUGAUUUGACCUCAGAUAACAUAACAGGAAAAAGGAGGAUUUUUUAGUUCAAAUAUAGCAAUAAAAAUGCCAUAUUUCAACCACAUAAAUUCUUGUAAAGUGUAACAAGUUGGUGAGAAAGAUAAAAACAUAAAAUUGGUACAUAGCAAAAAAAAUAAAUGAACGUUUUAUAAAUCA